AUGUAUCCGUAUGAGCUUUCCUUUCACAAGCGAACGGAUGAAAUGGCCAAUUUGGAACGCGAAAUCGCCUUUGUAACUGUUGAAGGCCAUAAGCUUAUUUCUUCUCCGGCCUUCUCAAAAAUUCUUGCCCAGGUUUUGCUGAAUGCUGGCAAGCGAUCAUCGGACGCCGAAGUAUGGCGAGGAGAAAGAGCAUGGGCAUUAUAA